UUACGACUCGCCUACCCGGAACACUUUCUGUGUGACACCUCUUCACAGCCCAAUCAUGGCAGGUUCUGACUUGGUGAAAACUCUGAUGUUUACAAUCAAUAACCUUCUGCAGCAGGAGAAAUACAAAGUCGCUUUGGCAGUUUUAAAGGGAUUCAGAAACGGUGCCGUAUAUGGAGCCAAGAUCAGAGCACCGCAUGCCCUGGUCAUGACAUUUCUGUUUCGAGGUGGCAGUUUGAAAGACAAGCUCAGAGCCAUCUUGAAAGCCACAUACACCCACUCCCGGAAUCUGGCCUGUUUUGUGUUCACUUAUAAAGGACUUCAAGGCUUACAGCAAAAAAUCCAGGGCAAGAGUUUACAGUCUCAUGCCUUCCUGGCUGCCUGCAUUGGAGGAUGGUUGGUGUUUGGAGAAAACAACAACAUUAAUAGCCAGAUCAACAUGUACCUGCUGUCCAGAAUCCUGUUCGCCUUGUCUCGCCUGGCUGUAGAGAAAGGAGUCAUCCCGGCACCAAAACAAGACCCUUUCCCGCUCUUCGCCACGCUGGUUUGGGGCAUCGUCUUGUGGUUGUUUGAGUAUUACCCUCACACUCUUCAGCCGUCGCUGCAGUCGUCCAUGACUUACCUCUACCACGACAGUAACGUGUGGCAUGACAUCUCAGACUUCCUCGUUUAUAAUAAGCCAAGGACCGUCUCUCAGAAAUAAAGCUUUCAAUAUAAAGAUGUUCUCAGCUGUAAUAUAGAAUGUUUGUAACCAAUACUCUAAAAUAAUGUUGAAUGCUGUUUUUUAAUUAUUUUUAAUUUAAUUGUUUGCAAAAUGUAAAUCCUGAAUAAUAGAUUUGUUUUCCUUUUUAUCUAUUCAGUCUAAAGACCAACCAAGCUUAUUUGCAAACCGAUCCUUUCUUUGCUGUGUGAAUUAUCAUUAUUUUUUGUUCCUAUGUUAGUUAUAUGUUAAAAAAUUGCAGCUAUGUGUGAAAAAUAUAAUUAUCAAAUUCCUGAAACAUGAGCUACACUGCAAAAACUGUAUGUAACAAAAGUAAAAAGACCCUUGUUUCAAGAAAAAAAAAAGUCAUUUUCUAUGUUAUCAUCUUAUCAAAAUGGUUUUUCAAUAGCAAAAUAAUCUUAGUAAAAUUGUCUUGGUGACUAGAAGUUAUUUUUUUAAUGAAAGUUAAAGUCCCAUCAGUUGUCACGCACCUAGGUGUGUGAAAUGUCCUCUCCUCAUUGGACCCGCCCCCCUGGGGGAGUGGUGAGCAGCAGACACAACUGCACACAUGGCUCAUUUGGUGAUUUAACCCCCAAUUCAACCCCCUAAUGCUAAUGUCAAGCAGAGAGGCACUGGGUCCCAUUUUUAGAGUGUUUGGUAUGUGGAUUUGAACUCACACCCUUCCAGUCUCAUGGCACACUCUCUACCACUAGGCCACUGAGCUGGUUGUUCUUUUCCUUCCCCAUUGCUAGAUUUUCUUUGACUUAUUUAAAGAAAAUUUGCCAUUGCGGUAAAAAUGUUUGACUUUUCUCUAAGAGGUCUGUUUUUGCAGUGUACCGGUACAUGAUUGUAGUUAUGCUACCAUUUAAAUCAGAUUUUAAAAUAACUGUUCAGUUCAAAAGUAGUUGCACAAUUUUUGCAUACAUUUUAUUUUACAAAUAACUUUUUUGAUUUUUGGUCAAGGAAAACCAACAUCUUUGGUUUCCUCUUUGUCAUAUUAGAUAUAAGCUAGUACAUCUCAGAUAAAUCUAAAAAAGAUUACAUUUUGCACACUGACCAAAAAUUACCUUUACCCUUAUUAAUAUAAUAGGCAUUGUACAAAUCGUCAAUUACUGUGUGACACGUGAUUAAAAAAAAAAAACUUUUUUUUUUUUUUUUUUUACAAACCAGAUUUUAAGUUUGUAACUCCUUAAAGCAGUUGACAAAAAUGAGUCACAUUCGGAGAAAUGGGUUGGAAGGUUGUGAACUCACUCAUGCGUGCAAAACAUGAACUGGGUUGUCACAGUCUCAUUACUUUGUGCCAAGAGGAAAGGUGUGCCAAGUUACCACCUUGUUUAAUCAAUUUUUCAAGGUUGAAUAAAACCUGUGCCAACAUGAUUUUAUACUUGUUGAUUUGUUUUUGUUGAAUCAUUGAACUUGCAUUUUCAUCCUUUGAAAUCUGGUUGUAUUUGCUUUGGCUAUGAGUGCUGAAAAUGUAAAACUGAUUUUUAACUAUUACUACUGUUUAAUUAAAAAAGUAUAUUUACUCUA